GGAAGAUCUUGCCAGUCUUGCGGGCGUUGGGUUCGGCCUCCUCCAAGGCUCCAAGCGCUCGAUGGCCUCAGGCAUCGGUUGCUGAUCAGAGUUAUUUUUGAUCUGUUGUCCGUUCGACGGUUGAGGCAGCUUUUCCAUUUGGAAACCGGAAGACUGGAGGCAACCGGCCGCAUAACCUCCGCCGCCGCCGCCGCUGCGUCGAAUCAGCUAUGGGUGGCGACUCUACAUCCGGAGGGGCGGAAGUAAAGCAGAGGCAGAAAUGGAGCCUUUCAGCCUCAGAUGCUUCCUACCGCUUCGGUACCAGCGGGCUCGCCGUUGCCGCUGCAACUGGUGUAACUCACCCUCUAGAUGUUCUCAAAGUGAGAUUACAAAUGCAGCUUGUUGGGCAGAGAGGUCCUUUGACUGGAAUGGGAAAACUUUAUGCUCAUGUGGUAAGAGAGGAAGGGUUCAGAUCCUUGUAUCGGGGACUGUCACCUGCAAUGAUGAGGUCAAUUGUUUAUGGCGGCCUCCGUUUGAGCUUAUAUGAACCAUCAAAAUAUGUUUGUGGAAUGGCUUUUGAAUCUAACAACCUUGCAGUGAAGAUUGCAUCUGGAGCUUUCUCUGGUGCUAUUGCCACGGCACUAACUAAUCCAAUGGAGGUUCUAAAGGUUCGUUUACAGAUGAAUAAGAAAUCACGUAGAGGAGCCGUUAACGAGCUGCAGAAAAUUGCUUCUGAAGAGGGGGUCACUGCUCUUUGGAAAGGGAUUGGGCCUGCAAUGGCCAGAGCUGCUGCUCUAACUGCAUCUCAAUUGGCAACAUAUGAUGAAACCAAACAGGUGUUACUAAAGUGGACUUCUCUUGAGGAAGGAUUUUAUCUGCAUCUCAUCUCCAGUACAUUAGCAGGAGCUGUAAGCACCCUCAUAACGGCACCCAUGGACAUGGUUAAAACUCGUCUUAUGUUGCAACGAGAAUCCAAGAGUGCUGGAACUUAUAAAAGUGGACUUCACUGUGCAUAUCAGGUUCUGCUGAGUGAAGGUCCUCGGGGUCUUUACAAAGGAGGCCUUGCGAUAUUUGCGAGGCUGGGUCCCCAGACGAUGAUCACCUUUAUAGUUUGUGAGAAGCUGCGCGAUCUAGCAGGAUUGAAGGCAAUAUAAGGCCUAAAUCUAUGCCUGUCGUAGUACUCCGUAUUCGUUAGCAUUUUUUGGUGCUUCAUGUUGAUAGUUGCUGAAGGUAAGAAUUACUCUUAUCUGACCAUAUUAUUUCGCCCCCAGUCCCCCACUCUUUUGCAGUGUUUUUUGUCCACUAAUUGGUUAAUGGUGGAUAUAGUUCUGAAAAAGAAAGACACAAAAACUUCCAUGAAGUCAGUCCGGUCACAUUGCACGAAAAUGGGGUUCCAGAAGAGGGUCCCAGGGCUCAUUUUAUUCCUUUUUACGCCCCUCUGGAAGCAUAUUUUCGUGCAAUGUACAUAUUUUUUCGUUUAGGUUCCUCCAUCCAUCUCCCCAAUAAUAGCUACUAAGAUUGUAGAUGAAAAUAGGUCUGUAUGCAUGUUGUUAUUUUAAUGCAGCACUAAAUUUAUUCUCCAAAUGUAUUGGGACGAAUUUGAAAAUUGUUACUACUACGCAUUUAUCAAUUCAUACAAUGUAUGAAAGAUUGUGGUUGGUCCAAGGA